AUGCAGAGAGCCAUGGAAGGACAAAAUGUGAGUUUUCCAAAAACAUUCCUCUUGGUGGGUUUCUCAGAUCAUCCAUGGCUGGAGCUCCCCCUCUUUGGAGUGAUCCUGGUUUCCCACAUUCUAACCCUGAUGGGAAACAGCUCCAUCAUCCUCCUCUCACUAGUGGAGCCCAGACUACAGACAUCAAUGUACUUCUUCCUAGACAAUCUCUCGAUGCUGGACCUCUGUGUCACCUGUGCCAUUGUCCCACAGAUGCUGUCAAACCUUUGUGGACCAGAGAAGACAAUUGCUGCCUCGGGCUGCAUCACACAGGUCUAUAUUUUUACCUGUACAAGCUGCACAGAAUGUGUUCUGCUGGCAGUAAUGGCCUUUGAUCGCUAUGUGGCCAUCUGCCAACCCCUCAGGUAUACUCUCAUUAUGCAUUUCUGGGCAUGUGUGUGGCUGGCAACUGCAUGCUGGGCCAGUGGUCUGGCCAAUUCUCUGCUCCAAGGUACACUCACCCUCCAACUUCCCUUCUGUGGGCACCAUAUCGUGGACCACCUCUUCUGUGAGGUGCCUGCUCUGCUAAAGCUGGCAUGUGGUGAUACUACUGCUAAUGACCUAGCUCUGAAAUUGGUAGCUAUCCCUUUUGGAAUGGUAGCUCCCCUGAUUGUGCUUAUCUCCUAUUCCUUCAUUGCUAGAGCUGUUCUCAAGUUGCCUUCAGCUGGGGGAAGGUACAAGGCAUUCAGCACCUGCAGCUCCCACUUGCUGGUUGUCACCAUGUUCUUUGGACCAGGCAUGUACACAUACCUCCAGCCUCCAGCCAACAGCACUCAGGCCAAGUUCAUGUCCUUCUUAUAUUGUGUCAUCACACCACUACUCAACCCACUCAUCUACACUCUAAGAAACAAGGAUGUGAAAGUAGCGUGGAGGAGGAUCUUACCAGCCCAGCACGGAUGGAAGGCUUUCAAAGUCAGAUGA